CACACCUCGGUGGUGGCGGGGCGGCCUGCUAAGGUGUCAUGGCUGCGGCCGCUGAGAUUAGUUCCCCGAGCAUCGGUGACAGGAGCCUGGAGCGGAGCUGCAGCCCCAGCCUCUCCCAAGAGGUGCUCUGCGAAGUCUUUCGCUCCCUGCAUACCCUGGCUGGACAACUUAACCUGAGAGAUGAUGUGGUGAAAAUUACAAUCGAUUGGAACAAGCUCCAGAGCCUCUCGGCAUUCCAGCCCACUUUGCUCUUUAGUGCACUUGAACAACACGUUUUAUAUUUACAGACUUUUUUAGCAAAACUUCAGCCUCUGAUUAAGGAGGAUAAUACAACCGUUGUUGAAGAGAUAGGAAAAACAGAAACAGGGAACAGGAGUGAAGUAAAUGCCAAAUUUCCCACUGUCGAGCUACAGGAGGAAGAAACGCACAAAGAUGGUGACUUAGCAGAGGUGAAGAAGACACAGAUCCAUUUUGAUCCGGAAGUAGUUCAAAUAAAGGCUGGAAAAGCAGAAAUUGACAGACGAAUAUCUGCAUUUAUUGAAAGAAAGCAAGCUGAAAUCAAUGAAAACAACGUCAGGGAAUUUUGCAAUGUUAUUGAUUGUAAUCAAGAAAAUAGUUGUGCAAGAACCGAUGCCGUUUUUACCCCUUACCCCGGAUUUAAAAGUCAUGUAAAAGUUUCUAGAGUUGUGAAUACGUAUGGACCACAGACUAGACCUGAAGGAAUUCAAGGGUCAGGUCAUAAACCCAACAGCAUGCUUCGAGAUUGUGGUAAUCAGGCCGUAGAAGAGAGACUACAGAAUAUUGAGGCUCACUUGCGAUUGCAGACAGGUGGUCCGGUGCCCAGAGACAUUUAUCAAAGAAUUAAAAAACUUGAGGAUAAAAUCCUUGAACUGGAAGGCAUCUCUCCUGAAUAUUUUCAGUCCAUAGAUUAUCUGAAUGUGUCCUCCUGGAAAACUUCAUAAAGAUUUUAUGCCUUUUCCUACAACAAUCUACCCUAAGUAGUUUCCCAUUCAAGCUGCCUUCGUAAUCAAGCUGGCCUUAACGUAAUCGCUAGGCUGGUUCUUUUUCUAGUCGAAUUUCAUACCUUGUUAAUAUAAUUCUUGUUAACAAUAAAACUGAUCUUACAAGAGAGUAUUGUACUCUUAGAUGCCUCCAGUGACACCUUGCCCCAUCAUUUAUCUCUUUUCUCUGAUUUAUAAAAGCUUAACAUAUACCUGUUACUAAAUUUGGUUAACAAAAGAACAAGCCCUUGAAAUCAUAAUCUUGUUUUGGGGGACCUAUUAUGUACAGGAUAGAAUGUUUGGAGUGUUUGGUUAAGGAGGUAGAAGUAGUCCGAUUGUGGAGGUAAAUUGCUAUACUCUGAAGUUUUAAGUAUUUAAAGUUUAAAUGCUGUUGAAAGCAUUUGAGCAGGGAAGUGACUUGUGCAAGUGAUACUUAGAAGAUUUAUCUAAUGCUGUUCUGGGAGAUAAAUGAAAAAGGAGAGACUAAGAACAAGAAGACAGUAUUAUACUAACUGAGAUGUGAGGUGAGAUCCUGAACUAAGGACGUGAGAGUGAGAACAGAAAAGAUGAGUGCAAGAGUCAGUAGGAAAGAAAAGUUGACGAAUACUGAUAAUUGAUUGGAUAUGGAAAAAGAGACAUAGAACAAGGGUGAGUCCAGUUUCUGGUUGGAAAAAUAAUACCAUCAUUGAUAGAAAUAAGAAAAUCUGGACGGGGAAGUAUUUUGAGGGGAAAUGUGAAUUUGAAGUCAUAGCAGCAUAUGCAGAUAGAAAUAUCAGAUAAGCUUUUCAAGAUGUAAGACUUACGCUUGAGACGGUUGGGAGAGUCUGUGUAGAGGUGAUAGUUAAAACAGAGUGGGUAAGAACGCUGGGACUGUCAGAGGCCUGAUGGCUGAUGCCUCGUACCUGCCUAACCGCAGGGGCAGGAAGUAUUAUAAAUGUAAACAGAGGAUUGGCCUAAAUGUAUGAGGUUGCCAUACCUGUGGUAAAACUAGUGCUUUUAAAAAAUAUUUCCAAAUCUGUUAAUAUGUAUUCGAUUAGAAGGAUCACUUCUGAAUCAGUAUUAGAAAUGACAUAUCCAAAUUAAUAGUGAGCUACAAGGAAGCACAAAACAUGAAAAGGCUUAAACAUUCAGAUUGUCCUCAAGGCCUAUGAAUAUAUGUGUCACAGGCCCAAAGAGAAAGAAGAUUUCCUACUCACCCUUCCACAAUGGAAUGACUGUGCCACCUCUAGGAGCCGCAGUCCUUGCUUGGAAUAGAGCCAGCUCAAGAUUGUCUUUGCACAUAAGAGGAAUUGAACACAGACCCUGUUCUCGUGCUGGGAAUACACGUGUGGCAAUUGCGUAAUUUUACAUACCCUUCAAAAAUGCACAGAAAAGACUAUAUAGAUAGCACAGUCUUCUAGCUUCGAAAGUUAGAAAGUAAGGGAAAGUUAAGCCCAUUAAAUUUCUUAGAAUUGAACUUUUGUUAGAAGUUGAACUCUGAAAAGAUUUUAAUUGAAAUGUGUUUAAUCCAGAUUCACAAAUGGAUGAAUUCUAAACACAGGGAAGCCUCUUACAGUGAGUAGAGAGUGAUGAUCAUGGGUAACAUUGAAGCACAGCGUAUGAAAAGGGAAACAUUAACCAAGAAAAGAUAUAAAUUGUAUUCGGUUCAUAAAACAAAACUAGAUUAUGUAAAAUUCUUUUCAUUUAUGAAGCAGACAUAAAACUCCAAAAAAAGUUAAUGUAUAUAAAGCAGGAAUCACAACAAAGAUUAGUAUUUGUUACACCUUCUAAUGUAAUAGUUCUAAAGAUCUUUGCCCUUCACAUUCAACAUGGAAAGAUUUGAAUGUGGUAACAUUCUAAAACUUUUCAGGGCAUCGCUUAACAGACCAUUUAAGAGAUACAAUCCUUGUGAGUAUUUCCAAAGAAUUACUUGCUCAUUUUAAAUUACAGCCCUUAAAAACAGUAAGUAUAACAUGCUUCACAAGUAUAUUUCCACAGCACUUGUUCAUUUUAUAGCACUUACCGCUUAUGAUUAUCUAUU